GCGGAUCGACGCUGGACCCUCCUCGUCUCGUCAACAUCCACAUGCGACAGACGCGACUCGCUCACGUCCUCAUACCCCUUCACGACUGCGGCUUCAACAGCAGAGUCUACAGGAGCAUGUUCACUUUGAAUACCACCAGCAGUAGCAGCAGCAGCAACAACAACAAACAUGAUGAUGCGCCACAGGCACCACCAUCACCACCGCCGCCACUACCACGGCCUCGGGUGUCUUCAUCUCCAGGUUGAGGUCCUAUGGCCCACCCCGAGAACAUGACCAUACUUCUACACAAAGCUCUCGAGAUCCUCAACCCGAAGGGCCAAGCAUCUCACGACCCCUACUCUACCCUAGUCUCGGCCGCCCACGCAGGUCGCCCGCGAGGAUGUCAACGCGGCAUCCACGAUGAGCGGGUGCGUGGGAGGAAGCCAAACCCUGUGCCUGAUGCGGUCGUGCCGGAACCGGACAAGGAUUUUACAUACCUCGUUCGUAGGGAGGAGGCGGAAGUGAGUUGGAAGGGCAAGUAUGAUCCGCUCAAGGAAUGGGACGGCGUGCCCAACUACUCUCGCGCCGCUCUGCGGAAGGAGGCAUCCUUUUGGUACAAGAAGGUGGUGGACGUGCGGGAUAAGCUGAAGUGGAUGCAGAAGCAUCUUCUCGAGGAGAUGGAGGGACCCCGCGUCUCGUUCGGCACACGGAGGAACGCCCUUGUCGCCAUGAGCCAGAUCCGAGCGAUGUCGUUAGGGAUAGGAGCUACUCUGAUGCUCAUCGCGCACGGUGAGCUAGACAAAAAUCGUAAGGACCAAAAUGGCACGUGGGCCAAGGGCAUGAAGCGACUCAUCUGGGAGGCUCAACAGCAUGAUCUCAACACAGCAACGCUGAUGGAUAUCCUCCUGGCCGUUGGACCAGGUGCCGCUCGUAGCUUGGAGGCUGGUGAUGACGAGUCGGAAGACGACGACGUAUUAGCCUAG